AUGACGAGGCUCCCCUUGACGUGGACAAUUACCUCUGUACGUGGCCUGUCUGCUGCUGCUGCUGCUGCUGCUGCUGCUUUUCCAUCUGGUGACGUGUCGCCACAGCCAUUGGAGGAAGCGAGGAAGCUUAUGGAGGGGAUGGAACAGCAGCAGCAGCAGCAGCAGCAGCAGCAGGAGUCAGAGGAGGAGACAGAUGGAGAGCAGAGGGCAGAGAGAGCACGGCUGAUGGAUGGUGGUGCUGUUGCUGGGGAACGAGAUGGAAUCAGUGCUGCUGAUAGGCUCGGUGCUGCUGCUUCUGGUGAAAGAGACGCUGCUGCUGCUGGUGCCAGUGGUAGCUACGCCAGUGGUAACCAUGGCAGUGGUAACCACGUAGAUGCUGCCACUGGUGGCGAUGAGGACGCUGCCAGAGUGCAAUCAGGUCAAGAGUGGGGGGUGCAAGUGGGAGAGGAGGACGAAGAGGAACAGGAGCAGCAGCAGGAGCAAGCGGGUGUUAGUCCAUUCCCUCUGCCCCACUGGACCUGCCGCCGCAAGGACCGCCCCUCCUUCCUCUACGAGCAGUACCGGUGGCAGCCAGAGGGGUGUAAGGUGCCCAGGUUCAACCGCACCGAGCUCAAAGAACG